AGAGAGAGAGAAGCUACUCCUGAAAUCCCGGAAAAGCGAAGUUUCUCCGUCUCUUAUCUCUCUCCCUCUCUCCCCCGAGUCAUGGGCUUAUCUUUGCUCUCACCUCUGGCGACCCUGCACUGUAAAAUCCCGUCCAAAAGCAAAGAUGAACUCGCAGAUGGCGGCGCUCCCAUUCUGUCCACCAAAACCUUCUCGGAUGCUUCUCGCUCCUCUUCUUCAACACCUUCUUCUUCUUCUUCCUGCGUGUCGUCGUCAGCACGUCCCGUCGGCCCUCUUCACCGGACCGCCCCUCUCGCUGCUUCGCUCGCCAUCCUCCUGUGGUCGAAUCCAGCUGAAGCCGGAUUUCUCUCUGGAUUGCCUGGAAUAGAGUCUGUCCCUGGCCCAGAAUUGCCUCAGAUCGAGUUUCUCGACCGAUUCAAUGAAGAGAACCAGAAGAAGUACGCAGAAUUUGAUGAACGGUUCAAGCAGUCUCCUCUACUCAAGAAGCUUCUUGAGCAGUCAAAGCUCAAUAAAGAGAAGAACAAGCAAGAGAUACAAGACAAAUACUGCAUCCGCGGAGCCGAGUGGGGCGUGGGAGAUUGUUCGGCGGAAGGUAUGUCUCCGGAAGAACGAGAAAACUUCAUUGCGAUGUUAAAGCAGAAGGCCGGCGUCAAGUGAAGGAGUCCAACUGGAGAGGGACGACCCCGUUAACCAUUCAGGUCAUCCUUGUUUGCUUGCGCCGCCCAGAUUCACCGCAAACGCCAUCUUUUUUUUUUCUCUUCCUUCCCUGUAAUGCGUGAUGUGAGUCUGAUUCAGACGAGUAAUAACUAGUCAAGUAUAAUGGUGAUGAGCACAUCAUAGCUUUUUAUUUAUACGCUGCUCACCGAGCUUCAAGUCAUGAAUUCAAUGCAACUUCCUCCAGCACGACGAGCUGGACAUGCUAUAA